AGGAGGAAGGAUGAGCGCUAUGAAGAUAAUGUUACUCUAUGUAGCCUGUGAUUUAUAUCUGCGAUGAUCUAACGCAAAGCAAUACAAGCCCCUCUCUAAAAGCCAUAAAGCAAUCCGCAAAUGUGAUGCACAGAUUCGCGAGAUCAAAGCGGCAUCGGGCUUAUGUGUGGGUAUUCCAUUUAAACUCUCACUGAACGGAAAUUGUGUUUCUUUUCUUCGGGUCGGUCCUGCUGAAGCUGCACCGGGCCUUUACUAUGCAGUAAUGGAGCAGCUAUUAUUUCUUGUAAUUUUCUACUUGCUUCCUACUCUCAUCUCGUCCAUACAUAAUUCAACGACUGGAGGAUGUGAAAUCAUUCGUCCCCCCAGAGAUGGAGGGAUACGCUACAGAGGACUGACUCAGGAACAGAUCCGCAGUGUGCAGAUCUUGCCAGUAGACUAUGAGAUUGAAUAUAUCUGCAGAGGAAGCAGAAUUAUUGUGGGGCCCAAGGUCCGAAAGUGCCUCCCAGAUGGCACCUGGACUGACAUGAACCAUCUCAGCAGAUGCUUAAUGGUUUGCUCGCGUUCCUGGAUGUCUCUGGAGAACGGGAGGGCGACGCUGCAGCCCCCUGGACAACCAGUAGAGGGCACAGUUCUGCAUUACAGCUGUCAUGCUGGCUUCCUAUUGGACGGUUUCAAUAUCUCGCACUGUACCAAACUGGGCAAAUGGGACUCACCUAAACCACUCUGUGUCUAUGACAGUAACUAUACAGGCAAGAAGAAACUGUACAUCGGAGCUCUGUUUCCCAUGAGUGGAGGAUGGCCCGGUGGUCAAGCGUGUCUCCCCGCAGCGCAGAUGGCUUUAGACCUUGUGAACAACCGGAGCGACAUUCUGCCGGACUAUGAGCUGGAGCUCAUUUAUUACGACAGCAUGUGUGAUCCAGGAGAGGCCACUAAACUGCUGUAUGACUUGCUGUACACAGAGCCCAUAAAGAUCGUCUUGAUGCCAGGCUGCAGCUCCGUUUCUACACUUGUGGCUGAGGCGGCGCGCAUGUGGAACCUUGUAGUGUUUUCAUACGGCUCCAGUUCUCCAGCUUUAUCCAACCGCCAGCGCUUUCCCACUUUCUUUCGGACGCACCCGUCAGCAACUUUGCAUAAUCCCACACGUGUGCGGCUCUUCCAGAAGUGGGGAUGGACAAAGAUCGCCACCAUCCAGCAGACCACUGAAGUCUUUACCUCGACUUUGGAUGAUCUGGAGGAGCGUGUGAAGGAGGCCGGCAUCGAGAUAAGCGUUAGACAGAGCUUCCUCACGGAUCCCGCAGUGGCUGUCAAAAACCUGAAGCGUCAAGAUGCUAGAAUCAUAGUUGGCCUCUUUUACGAGACUGAAGCCAGAAAGGUGUUUUGUGAGGUCUUCAAAGAAAAACUCUAUGGUAAGAAGCAUGUGUGGUUCCUCAUCGGCUGGUAUGCAGACAACUGGUUUAAGAUUAAAGAUCCGGCCAUCAAUUGCACAGUGGAGAACAUGACGGAAGCCGUGGAAGGGCACGUCACCACAGAAAUCGUCAUGCUAAACCCGGAGACCGUCCGCGGAGCCUCCAACUUGACAUCCCAAGAGUUCCUGGUGCAGCUGAUGUCACGUCUCGGGGGCAAAAACCCAGAAGAAACGGGCGGGUUUCAGGAAGCUCCAUUGGCGUAUGAUGCCGUGUGGGCUCUCGCACUGGCCCUCAAUAAAACGGUGGCCCCGCUGAGGGCCAAAGGCUGGGGACUGGAGGACUUCAACUACAACAACAAGGAAAUCACUGCUGAAAUAUACCGAGCCCUCAACACCAGCUCGUUUGAAGGAGUUUCUGGUCACGUCGUGUUUGAUGCUCAGGGUUCACGUAUGGCCUGGACUCUCAUUGAGCAACUGCAAGUUGGGAGCUACAAGAAGAUUGGGUAUUAUGACAGCACAAAAGGAAACCUGUCCUGGUACGGAAACGACAAAUGGAUUGGUCUCGGCCCUCCGGCAGACCAGACCAAGGUGAUUAAGGAGUUUCGUUAUCUUUCCCAGAAGCUCUUUGUAUCAGUGUCUGUCUUUGCCGGGCUGGGAAUCAUCCUAGGCAUAGUUUGCCUCUCCUUCAACAUAUACAACAGUAGCAUCAGAUACAUCCAGAACUCUCAGCCCUAUCUGAACAACAUGACCGCGGUGGGAUGCGUGCUGGCGUUGGCUGCUGUCUUUCCUUUGGGCAUCGAUGGCCUCCAUGUCCAUAGAUCACAGUUCCCUGUGGUGUGCCAGUUUCGCCUGUGGCUGCUUGGACUUGGCUUCAGUUUAGCCUAUGGCAGCAUGUUCACCAAGAUCUGGUGGGUUCACACGGUCUUCACCAAGAAAGAUGAGAAAAAAGAGAAGAGGAAGCACUUGGAGCCGUGGAAGCUGUAUGUGACCGUUGCAGUUCUGCUGGCUAUUGAUGUUAUCUCUCUGCUUAUCUGGCAGAUCAUGGACCCACUGCACAUAACCGUGGAGAAGUUCACUAAAGAGGCUCCUAAAGAAGACCUGGAUGUGUUGAUUCAGCCUCUACUCGAGCACUGCAGUUCAGAGAAGAUGAACACGUGGCUUGGUGUGGUGUACGGCUACAAGGGACUUCUGCUGCUGCUGGGCAUCUUUCUGGCCUACGAGACCAAGUCCAUUUCCACCGAGAAGAUUAAUGACCACAGAGCGGUCGGUAUGGCCAUCUACAAUGUAUCUGUGCUGUGCAUGAUUACUGCUCCAGUGACCAUGAUCCUCUCCUCUCAGCAGGACGCUUCAUUUGCGUUCGCCUCUCUGGCCAUCAUUUUCUCAGUCUACAUCACUCUCGUGGUGCUCUUCGUGCCCAAGAUCCGGCGUUUGAUCACUCGUGGCGAGUGGCAGUCGGAGCAGCAGGACACGCUGAAAACCGGCUCAUCCACCAACAACAACGACGAGGAGAAGUCCCGACAGCUGGAGCGCGAGAACAGGGAACUCCAGAAGAUCAUUCAAGAGAAGGAAGAAAGAGUGACGGAGCUGCGGAGUCAACUGGCAGAACGUCAGGCCUUGCGUUCUCGCAGGCGCACAUCCAUCCAGAAUCAGAACCAGAACCACAGCGUCCCGUCCUCUCAGGCCGAACCCCUCAGCUACUCCACCCCAACGGACAAACAAUCCCUGCCUCCGUCCUUCUCCAACUCUUCCAACCUCUACCAGGGCGAGGGCAAACUGAGCCGGAAUAACUGCCACAACAGCCGUCUUCCCCUGCUGUACAAAUGAGUCCGGGAUGCUGGAAUCUCACGAAGGCAAUGUAAAGUGGUAUCUAGAAACUGGUUGUUCAUGUACUUUAUUUUGAAGUUGCUGGGUUUUUAACUUCGCUUUUCGAUUCCUGACAUUCCUGAACCUGACUUCUUUGUUUACUUUUGAUAAAUCCCUAUAUCUCAGCUAUAAAAACACUUCAUUUAAAAAAAUAAUCUGUAUUUAAUAUGAAUUCACAUUCAACAGAUACACUGCCUUUCAAAAGUUUGAGGUUGCUAAGAUUUUUGUUUGUUUUUUAAAGAAGUCUCGUUCUCACUGAGACUGCAUU